CAUGCCGAGUCCAUGAGCACAGCUUGAUGUACGUAUGGACGCAUAUAGCUCUCCAAUCAACAAUUCAGAGUCUCGAGUCGCACAUAGCCCGUAGGUACAGCCGGCUCUCUCUGCAAUCACGAACCUCGAGCCACCCUCACCCCCUUUUGUUGCUUGUCCGCACUACAACUUCGCUAUUCCUUGAAAUCGACCGACUCGAGUCGUAAGCGGAGGUGAACAGAACCUACAGCUCAUCGUCCAAGAUACGAAGAAGAGGCCAAGGUCGGAGUCAUUGCGCUGCUGAUUCCUUUCACACAGCGCAUACCCGUAUUCCAACACCUGAGCAUCGGAAUGGCGUCAUCCUCUUCUGCCUCCGGCACGCCUGUGCCUUCACCAACGCUGACUACGACGCAUCAUCGCGGUUCGCGCUCCCCGCCAUCGGCAUCCAAUGCUCCUCCCAGCCUGACAGUGACACCGCCAAGCGCCGCACCUCGCACAGCCUCUUCCAAUGUGAUCCAAACUCAUCCUCCCACCUUCGGCUCUGGCACCGACAAUGAAGCCGGGGGUAUCAACGUGACGAGUCCACUCGCUUCCGGAUCCAGCGACCCGGCCAACUUUCCGGUUGUGGGUUCGGUCAUUUCCACAAGUGAUAGAUCCUCAGCACCGGGCACCGGCGGAGUCAAAAGACCAGACAACUACAACAGGAAAAGGAGCGGAAGUCUGGUUCAUGUGGAAAAGAUUCAACUUUCUCCCGUAGAAUUGUUGGAUCAAUCGGCUGGUUUCAAUCCCAAUGCGGAGUGGGUCAAUUAUAAAGGUGCUUGGGUCAUCCAUGUCGUUCUCAUCAUUGCUGGAAAGAUUCUGGUCGAAUGCAUUCCGGGUAUUAGUCAGGAUAUCAGCUGGACCAUUGUCAAUUUGGGGUACAUCAUCAUCUCGCACAUCAUGUUUCACCACGUCCAGGGUACGCCAUUCGAAAGCAACGGCGGAGCGUACGAUGCUUACACGCUUUGGGAACAAAUCGAUCACGGAGCGCAGUACACACCUGCCAAAAAGUGGCUCACCAGCGUUCCUAUCGCUCUGUUCUUGAUCUCGACACAUUACACAAAGUACAAUCUCUACCUUUUCGCCCUCAAUUUCUGCGCCACCGUCUUCUCUCUCAUUCCCAAGCUUCCAAUGCUUCAUCGAUUGAGAUUCAAGAUCUUGCCAAAUACGCCUUAUCCCAGUCGACCCAAUACGCCCACCAUCUCGCGGCCCAACAGCGCUGCUGGCUGGCGCUGAGCCAAGUAUGCAAGGCGUGAGGGGCAAAGAACAGCAGACAUUGAGCAUGACCUUGGUGGGGCCGCUGUCAGCUAAGUUUCAGCAGGCAGGUACGAAGGGGAGGUGUGAUUUGUCUGUCUCUGUCAGCAGCCACAGGUAUCCGACUGGGACAAGUUAGAUGUUCGGCUAAUUGCAUGCGGAUGAAAGCAAGCUCUCCGGACCUGACGCGGUCGACUUUUACCCCCUUUCAGAUGAGGUGCCUGAAUGGAAGCCUCUGGAUCUCGACCCGCAAGCGUAUGCGUUCUUCUCACUCUUCAUCAAUCAAUGUUACGCGAUUCUUGUCACAGAGCUACUCCAGCAUGCAUGUCUCCUUAUUUGAACCGAGGCUGCGUUGCGGACUCUUUGGUGU